AUUUGAAAUAAACCGUUCAAUCUGUGAGGUUUGCGCGUCUAUCCAAUUCAGCGCUAAACUCUUUAAAAAUUCCGCAUUUGUGUGACAACAAAUCAAUUGGUGUUCGACAAAUCUAACAAGUUACUUUACAACAAUAAUGACAUCCACCGAAUUGAAAAUUGGCAUUAACAAUGGCACACGUCCAUCCAGUCGUGUACUGAAACCACCUGGCGGUGGACAUACAAAUAUAUUCUCUGAGCCCGAAGUCGCAGUGAAUGCACCACGUCCCAAAUACAAUCAACAGAAUUCUUCUAAUUUGAAUGCCUGCAUGGGUUCCACUGACCCCAACAAAGUGGUGGAAAAGUUGCUAGAAGAUAUUAACAUCCAAAAGGAAGAGGUCAAAUCCAAGCCGCCCAGUCAACAGAACAAAGACAACGGCAGUGACAACAAGUCGACGAAUGCCAGCGAACCAUCUCGUGGUCGAGUGCCACCUGGUGGUUACUCAUCCGGUGGCUUCUGGUAGUCUGGUUUAACAUAUAGCCACCGCAUAUUUAAAUAUUUACAUUUAUUACAUAAAGCGCUUGAAACAUGACAUACAUACAUAACAACAUUCACACCUACUUUUAAAUUGGCUAUGCUCAUUUUUAUUGUUUAACUUUCUGGCGCCGCGUUUUGUAUUUUGCGUCCAUAUAAUUGUUUCGUUUGCUUUUCUCGUUCAAAAAUUGAAUAAAAUCACAUCGAUGUAAUCAUAAUAAGUAACAUACAUACAUACAUUCGCAUUAAUAUUUCCAGCUAGAAUAUGCAUUUCUACUUAAAGUGCCCAAAUGAGAAAUUGUAACUGUCUUAAAAGUUUUACCAAAAUGACUUUUACCGAAUACACCCAUUAACUAUUCCAAAAUUAAAUAUAAUACAUUAUAUAUCGGC